GUAGUGUAGCAGAGUGUUGUUGACGGACAGAAAGCCAAAGAUCGCUCUGUUGAAGUAUUCAGUUUUGAACUUGAGUGCCCAAGUGCUUUUAAAAUCACCAUUUAAACUUGAAGUGACAGUGACAACCUUACACUUUUGCAAUGUAGUUUAAGAUACCUGCCAAGGUUUUCAAGAGACUAGUUAACAACAUAUAUAUAUCCAAAUCAAUUUGCUAAUAUUACUUUGCAUUUUAACAUACCUUCAAGGAAAUUCAGUGUGGCUUAUAUGUAGUUGACAAUCUGAAGGAAGCUGCUUUGCUCAAAUAUAUACUGUCUUUUCUAUUUAGAAAUAGACCAAGGAUAGGUUGUAGAGAAAAUAAAUUACAUGUUCGACCGAGGGUUGUUUAGCUGCAUUACAGAUUCCCCACAGAUGAAAGCAUCAAAAGAAAAUGGGUAUUGGCAAUGAAAAGACUUGAUGUGAAUGCUGCAGGCAUUUGGGAACCUAAAAAAGGAGAUGUGUUAUGCUCAAGGCACUUUAAGAAGUCAGAUUUUGAUAGAAGUACUCCAAAUAUUAAGUUGAAACCUGGAGUCAUACCAUCUAUCUUUGAUUCUUCAUAUCACUUAAAGGAGAAAAGAGAAAAUAUUCACUGUAGAAAAAAUUUCACCCUUAAAACCAUUCCAGUCACAAACCACAAUCACAAGCUUGUUGGUGCUUCCUCAUGUAUUGAAGAAUUCCACUCCCAGUUCAUUUGUGAACAUAGCUACAGUGUAAUGGACAGUCCAAAGAAACUUAAGCAUAAAUUAGAUCAUGUGAUCAGCGAGCUGGAAGAUACCAAGGAAAGUCUCCGGAAUGUUUUAGAACGAGAAAAACAUUUCCAAAAAUCACUGAUGAAGACAAUCAGGGAAUUAAAGGAUGAAUGUCUGAUAAGCCAAGAAACAGCAAAUAGACUGAAUGCCUUCUGUUGGGAGUGUUGUCAGGAGAGCAUAGAGAGAGAUUAUAUUUCAUGAAAUAAUAUUCUGUUCUACCUGAAAUUGGCAUUGGUACAACUUUUUAGAAAAUACUUGUCAUUUCCAUCACUAAAUAUAUCCAUCAUUUAAAAGUGCUUCUUUUGCCUCUGAAGCAUACUGUGUUAUAGUUGUUAUCCAAAGACUUUUUUUGAAAAUGUGCAAGCAUAUGUGGUAGUUAUCAUGGUUUUGUGUGACUUGUGACAAUUAUGUUUUUAUAGGCCUGAACUAGUGCUAGGUCACUGUUGUAAGAUGUUAAAAUCUGAAGAAAAUUGUGCAAGACUAAGAUCAGCACAUGAUCUUAGAAACAGGAACUACCUGUUUCUUCUGCACAAGACUUGUGGCUUCUGAGGAACAGAGUAUCAUACACUUUAUGGCAUGGUGAAUUUUACUUAGGAAGCACAGUUCAUUUAUAGCAUAUAUCCAUCUUGGAUCCAAUCCAAGGUGCUUUAGUUGCCAAUAACAUUAAAGGGUCUUUUUAUAAGGCUUCCCAUAAUACUGAACUGAGAAUUACACCUGGUGAAGAUCUGUUGGCUUGAAAAUCGUUAAGAGCCAUGAGUUGUCAGUCUUUCAAUACAGGACAUCAUUCCUCGUUACUAAGAGCACUUUGAUGUAAACCAAUAUAGCUUUUAAAACAAACUGUCUUAUUUUACAGUGGCUAGUUACUCUGAAAGGUCUGGGCAUUUUGCUUUAUGACUGUUAUUUCACCAUAAAGGUAUAUCUUCAUAAAGGUAUUUUUGAAUACCAGUAUUAGCUGAAUAAUCUUAAUGCUGCUUUGUAUUUUAUAGAAAGUAAUUUUGCUGACAUUUUUAAAAAACACAAAACAUAGAUGAAACCAUUAAGAUUUUAAUAGUUGUGGCUGUUCUAGUUUAAGGAAUUUGAGAGAUUAAAAUGUUUUCUUUAUUGAGGAGAGUAUAGAUUAUUGACCAAGGGCUUUUAUUUAGAGAAAUAAGUGAAACAGCUAGUUUAAAAUAGCUUCUUAAAGAAUAUACAAAAAAUUAACUUAGCUAUUUUCUGUUUGAUCCAAGUAUCAGAAAUUUAGCUCUUCUCCUAAUUUCUUACUAAAAACAACCAAAACUGUCAUAAAUACUCUGGACUAGAAUAAAAACUAGCUAAAGCCACACUCUGUUUUGAAACGCAUAUAUACAUAGGUGAGCCUCAUUUAGAAGUUCACGCUAUCAUGGUUAGAGUUUGAGUAUCGGUUGUUUCAUUGUAGUAUGAAUCACAUUUUGUGCUGAUUUGCUCAUUGUAAUUUUUUUUUGUGUUACAUUGAUAUUGGUAAGGAUACAGUCACUUGAACUUUUUUGUACUUAAGAAUUUUCUGUUUUAUUGUAUGUUAUGUUUUUAUGUGGGAUUCUAAACCUUCCCUCUAAAUGGGAUUUUUACCCACUUACGAGAGAGAAGCAUUAUGCUUUACAUUUUUACUAUUUAAAAAAAGAAAACCAAGCCUUUCCUUAGCUACCCAUUAUUUACUUUAGUUAUUUAAUUUUGAAACCAUAGCAGCCACUCUGGUAACAAGUUUGGGUGUGAUCUUAAGUAUUAUGGAGAUACUUUGGAGAUGUACUUUUUCCCUCACUCUAUUUGUGAGCAUAUAAAUUUUAAAAAGACACUAGAAGACAGAAAGUAGCAGGAUGUGUCCCAAUACAGUAUCUUGAUUCUAGCGUUCUGCUGGCUGCUUAGAAUAAAUCCAGCCUGGAGGGGCUUUCCAAGAGGGAGGUCCUGGAUCUGCUUCCAUCACCUGCACAAGCUCUUUGGCUGCCUGUGUUCACAUCACUGGACUUCCGUCACCGUCCCUAAGAUCAGUGAGGAUUAGGUAACUGUGAGCAAAUGUGGUACCAUGAAGGACCUGGAGCUGCCCCUUUGUUCUUUAUUCUUGGGAGGAAAUGGUUCCAGUAGAAAUCUAGCAUACAAAACAGGAUCCUCGCCACCUACCACCCCAAACACGUACACAAUAUAUACCUCAGCCCUCCGUUCCCAGCGAUUCCAGCCCAGCCCAGGGAAGAGCUGUCCUGCACAAAGCAACACCGAGACAUCCCCCACCCACAAGUUCUUCAGGCAGCUAAGGCUGCCUAAGGGUUCUAGUUUGCUUUAAAGCUUGGAACAGCCUCUGGAUCCUGGAACACACCAGUAUACCAGUUCAACCUCAGCACCAAAUCAGGUACGAAGGACUUGACGUGGCAUUUUUCUCCAUGUCAAGUUUAAAUUUCUGGAAACAGACUUUGGUUGCUAAAGAUAAUUACAAUUAUACCAUUGUCUUUAACUUGAGAAAAGAUGAGAUGUAUUAUAUGUUUAGUUUUAAUAAAGAUAGAAUUAUUAGAGAAAUAAUUGAGGGUUGAAAAAUCCAUUAUUUAUUUGAAAAAUAAAGUAUGUUCUCCAGUGAGAUGUC